UACGCCCUCUCUGCUGACCAAAAACAUUUGUGUCCAGACGUUAGCGGUCCGGAGAGCCUGAUAACACUGAGUUUUUUUUUAUUAUUAAGUCUUAUUCAUUAGCCGAUAAAGGUUUUUCGAAUAUGGUCUGUGGCGGGUUCACCUGUUCCAAAAAUGCACUUUGUUCCCUGAAUGUGGUUUACAUGCUGGUCGGGCUGCUGCUGAUCGGAGUAGCAGCAUGGGGGAAGGGCUUCGGCCUGGUGUCGAGCAUCCACAUCAUCGGAGGGGUCAUCGCAGUGGGCGUCUUCCUGCUGCUCAUUGCUAUCGUUGGACUCGUCGGGGCAAUACACCAUCACCAAGUCAUGCUUUUCUUUUACAUGGUCAUUCUCUUUAUCGUUUUCCUGUUCCAAUUUGGAGUUUCCUGUUCCUGCUUGGCGAUGAACGGCGGGCAGCAGGAGGCCCUUCUGAACUCGGCUUGGGGAAUGUUGAACAACAAGACCAAGAUGGACCUGGAGAGCCAGCUGAACUGCUGUGGGCUUCUCAACAACCGUGAAAGUCGGGCCCAGUUUGAUCAGGAUGUGGCUCAGUGUACCGCUUUAUGCAAAAGUGAAAGCUGUCACACCUGCGGGGACUUGAUGCUGACUCAUGCAACAGUGGCUCUGAAGAUCCUCGGGGGCGUCGGGCUCUUCUUCAGCUUCACAGAGAUCCUGGGAGUGUGGCUCGCUGUGCGCUACAGGAACCAGAAGGAUCCCCGGGCAAACCCAAGUGCCUUCCUAUAGACUGUCCCGCGAACGCAGCGCCCCCUAGAGGCCGUUUUCAGACAACACUGGUACACAUAGAAUCAUGCACAUCUAGAGGCAGACACUCCCGACGUACAACACAACACCGCACCAACCACAACAACAACACAGAAUGGACGAGCGCACGCAGCACCUGACAAACACUGAGAAACAAAACGCACACACACACACACACACACACACACACACACACACCUUCACCUGAGACUGAGAAACUACAACAACCUGUCCAGAAAUAUUGCCAGAGCUCCAGCUGGAAGACCUGGAUACUUAUGUAUGAAAGGAUAACUUGAAAAUACCAAGGGUAACUUGUUGGUAUCGUGACCCAGCCUUGAUUUGAGUACCAGAUUUCUUGCUAGUUAAGGGAUGAGACAUCUCCGCAUGUGUCCUGCACCGACAAAAACCGCCUCUUUUGUUGAUUUCUUGUACACACGCCAACCAAAUGACUGUGCCCUGUCCGACAAAAUAACGUGUAUGCACCUUGAGUUUUUUUUUUCUCUCCCCCCCCUGUCUCUAAUGUAAUGGCACCACAUAACAACAAAUAUAUAUUCCUCCGGUCAGUGCUAUAAGUGAUGUGUAGAACUGUAUACCCCAGACAUGUCCAGUGGGAUGAGUUUGUUCAUCAUUCAGGGGGAGUGGGGAGGGCGGGGGGCACAUACUGGACAUGUGUUGUAAAGAGUAGUUUUAAAACUGUAUGUAAAUGUUCUUUUUUUCCGAUGCCACAAAUGCCGGGAUUUAACAGGAUUAGGAAGCGAGAAUAGAUGUUAGGUAAUGUAGUUGCUAGUCAUUCGGGUUCAAAGUAUUUAUGAACUGUAACUGAGCCAGCUAACUUUUAACAGUCGGAGAUAUUAGGAUGCCAAUGGACUGCAUCCUUGAUGUUGUACAUAAUCUUUUUUUUUUUUAUAUAUAUAAAUCAUUCUCGAUGGGUUUGCCUUGUAGUUGCCCCUCUAGUUGGGACGUUUGCCUGCAUAGUUGAGGUCUUUGAAAGCCGAAAUAAUCGACUCCUUCCUGUAUUUAAUUAAUCAAUGUUCCUUUGUGUCGCGCAGUGACGUUGCUUUAGUAUAGAUUCUGGUCGUCGAGAAGUGGAUUCAGGUACGUGUCAUUACUUCCUGUGUAACUGGAAGAAAUCACAAAAGUAAAAAAAAAAAAUAAUGAAGAAGUGCUAUUUGAUUUGAAAUAAUUGGGUAAAUUUGGACAACGCUGAUUAUCGCAAUUAUCCCAGUUUUGUUUUUAAUAGUAUUAAUUGUGAAAAUGCGCUCUUGGUUGCAAUUUUUUUCUUUUUUUCGUUGAAAGAUUUUUUUUAAUAUUUUUUGUUCUCCGUUGCCAUCAGCUCUUUUUCGUUCAUCAGUGUUAAAUGCUUUGUAAAAAAAAAAACCAACAAAAAAACCCGUGUUAAAUAUUUUUCAGGAUCUAUUUAAGUUUAGUUUAAGGAUGCACAUUAGGCUGAAGUUUUGUGUUGUAGUUUUGAUGAUAGAAUUCCGACGCCUAGCUCGACGUUUGACAUUUCCUGUUGAUAAAUCACUGCUCAUGAAUUCUCUCUUUUUAAGAUGUGUUUUCUCUUUUUGAAUUGCUCUUAACUUAAAGGACUAACACAAACUGUAAUUAUGUCUUACUUGAACCUGUCAACUUGGCUGAUAUGGAUUUCCUGCUGCUGAUUUGGAGUCAUCGCUGGUGUAAACAAACAUUUUGACAGAUCUUAAGCAUUGGUAUGCCAUAUAUUAAACCUCACUUUGAAUUUGUGUGCACUUGUUAUUCAAAUGUAUCUUUGGAUUUUUGAGACUUAAUUUUCCAAAUAAUAAAACCUGAAAUUGGAAACCGUU